CUAGAAAAAAAGUUACCAACAAGUCUCACUCUCUUCUUCUUCUUCUUUCCCUUUUCUCCUCUCUUCUUCUUCUUCUUCUUCUUCUUCUUCAAUUCAGCCAUGGAUUCCUUCUCAAUGUUUCUCAACCCAUAUAUGAAUGCCCAUCAACAGUCCUCCAUAGUUGAAAUCCUUGCACUGUCAACCCUUGUCCCAUUGCUCUUUGUUAUGAGACACUCAUUGGGCUUCAACUAUCAUCAUCACAAUGGUGGUGAAUUCAGGAGUAGUGCUCUUUGGAUUUACUUCAGUAGACUGAUUAUGGACUUCGUGUUCCUCAUUGUUCCAAUGCUUUUGAUUUUUACUAUGGAGGUGGCUUGCCUGUGCAUCUUGGCCGUUGAUUUCGAAAUAUUUCCAAGAAGACAUGCCAAAUCAAGAAUGUAUGGGAUUAGCUUGAUGGAUCUUGGGGUUGGCUCUUUUGCACUGGCUAAUGCAGUCGUGUCAAAACAAGCUCGUGGUAUUUCCUCGUUGAGCUUGAAGGAUGCAAGUGGCGCCAUUAUCCCUCCAUUGGCUGUAGGAUUUGGGCGACUCAUUUUGACAAAAAGUGUGCAUUAUGGGGUUCCAGCUGGUGAGUAUGGAGUGCAUUGGAACUUCUUCUUCACAUUAGCAGCUCUUGCAAUGCUUGCAUCCUUCAUCAGAAUCCCCACCAAGUACUCUGCGAUUUCGGGUCUCUUGAUUUUGAUAGGUUAUCAAUGUUGGUUAAGUAAAGGAUUAAACUCGUACUUGCUUUCUAAUACGAGGGGAGACGAUAUCGUUAGCCAAAACAAGGAAGGAUUGUUCAGUUUACUUGGGUUUUGGGGCAUGUACCUCAUUGGUAUCCAAUUGGGGAACUAUCUCUUCUUUGGAAGACAAUUGCCUUCCAUUAAUAACGAGCUCGCAGCAAGCAACAAGUGGAUCAAGAUCAAAGUCUCAUGCCUUUCUGUUAUUUUUUGGCUGAUAACUAUUGUCUUGGAUAAGCAUGUUGAAAGCAUAUCUCGCAGAAUGUGCAAUCUUGCUUAUGUCACCCUGAUUCUGGCAGAGAAUCUUCAGGUGUUAGCGAUACUAAUGGUAUCAGAUUCCUUGAUGGAGAGUAAAACUUCAAUCCUCGAAGAAGCGGUCAAUCGAAGCCUGCUCGCCACGUUUCUUGUGGCAAAUGUGCUGACGGGUCUUGUAAACAUGUUCAUGGACACCAAGUCAGCAUCUCCAAUGGUGGCUCUGUCCAUCUUGCUGGCUUAUGCGUUUCUCACAUCCAUCGCUGCUGCCAUCCCUCACUUCUAUGGAUUUAGGCUCAAAUUUUGGUAGCUAGCUAGUGUCUCAAAUUGUCCAAUUUGCAUGUAUUAGUGGGUAGAAGUAUGUAUGUGUUAAAUUGUAGUUGAACAAAUCUUGGACCCUUCGGAGGGGUAUGGAAAAUGAUAUAUGUGUAUGUUCUAUGUUCUUGCGUGUAUAGACUUUCCUUUCGACGAAUGCGAGUAGG